AUGGCUUCCCUCAACAAGCUUUCUUUGGACCAGGUUAUUUUUAUUUUCUUUUAUUUGAUGCUGUGAUUUUUUUUAAAAUGAUUAAACUGAUUAUUUUUUCUUGCUGGAAUCUUUGUUUCAUUUUUUUUUCCAGUUGGCUGUCAAUGGAAAACGAGUUCUCAUGCGUGUGGAUUUCAAUGUCCCCAUGAAAAAUGGGAUUAUCGAGAGUAAUCAAAGAAUUACGGCCGCCUUGCCGAGUAUUCAGGUGUUGACAUAAAACUCAAUUUCACGAGUUUGUGACAUUGUUUAGCAUGCUCUGAAUAACGGAGCGAAAUCCGUGGUUUUGAUGUCUCAUUUGGGCCGUCCGGACGGUCGAAAACAGGAAAAAUACACUUUGAAGCCGGUUGCGGCCGAAUUGGAGAGGUUGCUCGAAAGGUUGGUUGGAGAAAAAUUGAAAAUGAAGGAAAACUUUUUUUUUUGGACUUUUAUGAAAACCGGUUCUGUGAACAAAAUUUGUAUUAUAAAAUUUUUUUUCUCCUGCUGUUUCUGGGGCCUUUUUUUCGUAUAUUAUCGAUUGCAAAAACAUUUUUUUACGUAUUUUUUUAAAAAUUUUUUUGUUGUUUUAUAACGGCGAAAAAGUGAUUUUUAAAUCUUGUUAUGAUACAAAAAGGCACGUUUUUCAAAGUUAAAAUUUGCCUAUUUUUUUAUAUUUAUGGAAAAAAACUUUUAUAUUUAUUUAGGAACAAAAAUUAGCUUGUUCUUAAAACAUUUUUUUGUUUUAAAAAAAUAUAUUCAAAUAAAACUUCAAUAAUGUAACCCUAGUUUGAUUUCAAUAGAGAUAGAAAUAGACAAAAUUUUAUUUUUUUGGUUUUCAAAAAAACUUAUUUUUAUCUAUAUUUGUAUAUUUGAAAUUAUUUUGAAAUAAUGAUUCAAGUAUUCAAUUUUAGGGCAGGUUUUUUUAGUGAGUUUUUUUAAGUUUAUAAUGACAAGAAGUUAUUGAAAAAUACCCUAAGCAUUCAUUUAAUAAGCUUUAAAUUUAGUAACUUCUCGCAAAAUUUUUGAGCCGAACUAUAUAUUUUUUUUUGUAUAUUGCAUAGUAUUCAAAGGUUUAAUCAUUUUCUAUGAAUAUUUUUUUCAGAAAAGUGACAUUCUUAACGGAUUGUGUGGGUCCAGAAGUCGAACAAGUCUGUUCAGCCCCAGAUGAUGGAACUGUAAUUCUUUUGGAGAAUCUGCGAUUUCACGUCGAGGAAGAAGGAAAAGGCGAGAAUGAGAAACGAGAAAAGGUGAUUUUUGGGUGGGAAAAUGAAAAUUUUCCAGGUUUGGUGCGAAAUUUUGUUGCAAUCGGUGUAUAAUUACAAAUUAACUAGUUUUUUCAGUCUUCAAAGAAUUUUUUUUUUCAUAUAUAUUCAUUUUUCAGGUGAAAAUUACGAUAAAAUGUUCCAAUCUAAUAUUUGACCGCUCUAUGUUCUUUUUUUCGUUAAGAUAAAUGCCACCAAAGAAGAGACUGAGAAAUUCCGCGAAUCGUUGACCAAACUGGGCGACGUUUUCGUCAACGACGCCUUUGGAACCGCCCAUCGAGCCCAUAGGUUCUCUUUUUUUCAAAAAAAAUUAUUUUCAACAUGUUCACUGUUUCAUUUGGACAACAAACUUGGUGAACAUCUUGAAAAGUGGUUCCACGGAUUUUUUUACAGAAAUCAGAGUCACCCAAAAUUUUCUGCAGAAAUCGAUUUUUUUGAAAGGAUCUUUUUACUUGAAAAAAACGACGAAAAAAAUGCGUGUUGUUUUUUUAGAACUAAUUUUUGAAUUUAGAAAUAAAAAAAUACGUAUGAAAAAAACUUGAUUAUAUAUAUUUUUUUCAAAAUUUUCGAUUCGAAACCAUUUUUGUUCGAAUAAAAAAAGUUAGUAUAGUUCUAUUUCCCAAUUUAAAAAUGAUGAUAAAGGAUCUGAUAGGUUGAAUUCUGAAUUCAAAAAAAAAAAAAAAUGAUGACUAAAAAUUAGAUCGGUUUUAAUUUUUUUACGAUGUUUUUUUAAAGAUUUUUUUCAUUGAUUUUUAGUUUUUUUCCAGUUUUGUACUUACAUUUCAGGUUGGUAGCGAAAAGCAUGAUUUAAAAAAAGCUUGGAGUUUCGAUAUCUGCUCAAAAAAAUUCACAGAAAAAUUCUAGUUUUUUUCUAGAUUUUUCCCAACUUAUUCGAAGCGAUGUUGAAUAUGAAACUUGACAAUUUCAUAUCAGAAAAAAUAAAUUUAUUCAAAAUUUUGUUAGUAAACGACAAAAUCAUCAAAGUUUAUCAUUUUGAAAUUUUUUUCCAUCCCGUAAUUCUCCGCAUUUCGAAUCAGAACCCGUUUUUUUCGAAGCAGAACCAGAAAAAAAUAUAAUAGAAUAUUUGCCCUUUUGAAAAAAAGCCAAUAAAUUUUUUCUCUGAAACCAAGGAGGGAAUUUCAUAAUUUAAAAAUUUUUUUGUAAUGGAAAUGAUUCAGCUCAAUGGUUGGAAUCAAUCACGAACAGCGGGCGUGCGGAUUUCUCAUGAAAAAAAUGAACUCGCCUAUUUUGGAAGGGUAACGUUUUGUUUUAAUUUUUCGUGGAAAUAUUUGAUUUUGAGAAAAAUUUUAGUAUUUUUCUGAAGGUUUUAAUUUGUUAGUGGCCACUUUUGUAGUCGGAUUAGUGGCCACUCAAGUGGUUGAAGUUUAGUGGCAUUUUUAGAAGUCUAAGUGGUACUAUUAGACACCUAAAAACUACUGUAGUGGUCACUAAGGCAAAAUAUAGCUUUGGAAAAUAUGGAGAUGGUUUUAGUGGCCACUCCGGGUUGCCCUUGAGGGACCUCUUAAGUUGCUACUAGGGGUUUCUCAGUUAUUCUUCCUGCAUUUCUAAGAAAAUUUUUAAUGACCACUAAUGAGGCUCGCCAAGGAAUACUUGCAGAGGACACUAUAGUGGCCACUAUUUUCCGUUUUAGCGGCCACUUCAAUAGUUUUUCAUCCAGUACUCCUUCCAGUAACUCUGAUAAUUUUGAAACAACCAGAUUGGACCAGGUAUGUUGAUCCAUUGACCCCUAAAGUGGCCACUCAAAUUUUUUUUUGGUCUAGUAGUAGCACAGACCUCUAUAGUGGCCACUAAUUUUUAAUCCCUCAAGUGGCAAUUAAUUCGACUAUUAUAGUGGCCCCUAAAACUUCAAAACCCUAUAGCGGCCACUAAAAAUUUUUCCAAUUGGUCACGAAAACCCAUCACUUUAAAGUCAUGUUAAUAGCCUUUUUUGGAAAUCAUUAUAUUUUGUGAAGUUGAUUUGAUAAACUUUUCUCAUUUUUCAAUAAACUUUGAAUUUUUCAGGCUCUCCACCAACCGACGAGACCAUUUCUAG